CGCGACGCCAACCCUGAACUCGGCCUAGCGGCUGCUGGUGAGAUCGGCGGCCGCAGAACAAGUGGAGGAUCAGUCCGGGGACCGAUUCGCCCCAAACGUCCGAUCGGAGCCGGAGAGCUGUCCUCCCGGGAGGCAGAGUGUUUUUGUCCGACACCUAAAAAAUAGACUGCAGUUAUUUACCAAGGCUUCAUUGACAGAAACUCCCAAACCUGCAGUUUAGAAAGACAAUGAAAGAGGUAUUUCGACAAAGCCACGGACUGUGUAAUAAACAUGCAGCCUCCAGAAGAUCUUUUACACCGCAUAUACUCUAAACCUAGGAGCCCAGGAGCAUUUAAAAAAUCUACUGUUUUUCAGCCAGCAACUCCCUCACAACAGCUUCCUGAUAAUACCACCUGCACUCUCCGAACAUCCAUCUAUAGAAAGGACAUACCAAACAGGAGACAACAGUGGAUGAAAUGGGAGGAGAGAGGAAAAUAUUUCCACUCAAAAAGUCUCAGGUCACUGGUGGAAAGACAGGAAGGGCAUCCUUCCAAGCAGACAGAGCAAGAACUGAACCCCGUUUCUGAAACAGAAUUGAGCCUGGAGCCCAAGUUUCUUCCUCACCCUGAAGUGCAGGAAUAUCAGGAGCAGUCCCUUGAUGACAAAGAUACUGUGUUGAUUUCAUCAGAACCGGAGGAUAAUUUUGAGGAUGGGGCCAUGCACCACAUCCUGAGAUUACGAAACUCACUUGGCUGGGAGACAGUAUUGCCAAAUGAUGGACCAAGUCUCAAAAUCCGUACUGCUCAGUUUUUGACGAUAAAUCAGCUACAGGUGGAUGUCAUGACACCAAAGGAAGACACUGGCGAUUUUGUGUACUGUCUCUCAAGGACUCAGAAUGACCCGAGAGCACGCUAUGAUCCUUACAAUCUACAAGUUGUUUCUGCAAAAACAGCCAAAUCCUAUAAACCAUACUGGACAAUCAGUGCAUCCCAUGUUUCCAAGGUCACCUCUAUAACUGAAAAAGAUGGAAUAGAAACCAUUUCAGCACUGGAUUGGUUGCUGGAACGAUAUCUUUUUUACAAGAUUCAUCAACUGCCUGUCUUUGUGAAAUUCAGAAAAUGGAAGGCUUUCAAUGUUUGGAAGGUCAAUGUCUGCAGCUCAAAGACCAGCAGAAGUAGAAUGAUUAUGAUGAAGCAAUUGUUUGUUGCCGAUGUGAUCUUCCAGCGCUGCCUAUAUUACAUACAGGCAUUGUGUGAAGCAGCCAGUUCAAGUAAUAGAGGUCUAGGAUCUGCAGAGAGUGCCAUUGUUUUUGUGAAACUGGACAGAAAUAACUCCUAUUCCUAUGAGGAGUUUGCUGAAAUUCAGAGUGAGCAAUGUAAAUAUGCACUGAAACAGCUUUGUGACCUCAGAUACAAGAUAAUUCAGUCUGUCAAAGAGACCUGUUUGCAGCUUCACAGCCACACCACCACAUCCUGUGCAAGGAAAGCCACAGCAGAAGGAUUCAGGAAGUUAUUCGUAGCAGAACCCAGUGACUUGAGCAAGAGGCCAACAUUUACUGAGAUUGUGGAGUCAAGACCCCUCCUCAUGGUAUUCAUCAGGUUCCUGAAACUGGUGGAUCACCUCUUCCAAGAGCUUCUCAGUCGACUGGUGAAAACUGCUGUCCGGCUAUUACUUGAAGCCAUGACUGCUUCAUAUGCAGUGACCUCAACAGAUGCAAGAAGGAAUGAACAACUGCUGAGCACUUUCCCACAUAAAAUAAGGGCACAGCUGGACAGGCGCCUCCGUAAUAUACUGGGUGAUUCAGAGACUUCUUCUCAGGACUAUAAAACAAGCAAAGGAGUAGAUACAAAUGAAAGCAAACCUGAGGAGCUCACUGAUCAAGGUGCAAUGGAUAUGGAUCAGGUACUCCAAGAUGUUAAACAGCAGACAAAGACAGAGACGAUGGCACCAAUGUUCAUUGUAAAUUUGACGCUUGACAUUCCAUCUAAACAUAUAAUCCUUCCUCGAGACAGCACAAAGGCUAAAUGCCGAGCCCGUAACAAAGUGUGUCGGACAGCUAAAGUCAGGCAAUCUUUUGACCGCUUACAGAUUUCUGAUGAAUCAAGGGAUAUAGAUUGCAGUCUCCAGGAUACUUCAGAAAGUGGAAUAGACAUUCAGGAAGAGAUGGAAGAAGGGUCUGAAUAUAAGCAUCCUGCUCAAUAUAUCUUGUCGCCCACAUCAGAAGAUCUACUGACACAAGUACAUAAUAUAGUCAGAGUGCUAGAAGAGAUCGUUGCCAAGCUGGUCUCCUUUACCAAUGAACCUUGCUUGUCCAUGUUUAACUCACAGUCUUUGUAUGAAAUGAAGCUCUCUAGUGAUCAGGAAUUGGAAGCAAAGAAGACAAAGCGGUUCUCGCUCAACGCUGACAUACUGUUUGGCCAAGAUCCAAUCUACCAACAACACCUCACUAAACUGCAGAAUUUGAUAAGAGCCUCAAUGGCAGAAGUAACACAGUACAGCAGAAAAUUUGAGCAAUACUCUGUUAUGGUGGAUCAGGCCAUGAAUCUGGAUCUUGAAGCUUUAGUAAGGCAGCAGGAGUGGAGCCCAGGGGAAUUCAGAAGCAUGUUGGAGGUUUACACAGAAUAUGUCAUGAGUGUAAGAAACAUGACAGUGGAGAGACGGGUCCGGUUGGUGAAAGUGGUGAGCCAGCAGUAUCAGGCGGACUGCUUUCCCUAUUUGGAAAUGGUGAUCCAUGAACUGCAUAACCACCUGAAGAACACUGCUUACAAAAAGUCUAGUGAACUGCUAAGUGUGAUUGAAGAAGCUCAGAAGAAUCUCAGUAAGGAACCAGAAACUAUUGACAUGUUUGGGAAACACUUGCUGUUCCUGUCUCGAAUGGAGAUAGAAUUGCCCAAAUUGGAGAGAAAGUUUCAAACUGUGACUCAGCUAUAUGGUAUUGCCAAUGAGUAUGGUGUCUCCAUCCCUCCUGAAGAAGUGGCACUCUAUCAAAUCCUGGUUCCAACUUUCCACAGCCUGAAAUCCAACAUCCUCUACUUUGAGGCCAUAAAAGAAAGCAACAUCAAAAAAUUCAGUGAAAACCUGGAGAGAGACAUCAGUAACCUUUACAAUGAUCUAAUGCAAGUUAAAUAUAAGGUGAGAAAUCCUGCUCUCCUCCAGGCUGCUACCAGCCCACACAAUGCUCUGGAGACCAUCAAUGCUCUGAUGCUGGAAGUCUCCUCAAUUGCCAGCAGGGCACGAACCUAUAGCAACUAUCAGGAUCGCUUCUGCAGCUCAGGUAGCAUUGUCUGCUCUGUCAUUACCAUUUCUGGGUCAAUGCAGAAAUGGCCAGGAAGGGUGAGCAGCCAGUCGCUGAAAGCACUGCUGUCUGAGACUGAGUACGAGUUGAUGCUGAUGAAGUUGCUGAGGGAAUCAGAGAAGGAUUGGAAGAAUCUGCAUGCAAACUGGAUGGAGAACUGGUUUGAUGAACUGAACGUUGAUGCCAUUCAAAAGGAUGUCAACAGAUUCACACAGACAAUACAUUUGCUGGAAAAAGGAUUGCCACCAAAUGAUAGCGUUCCUCUUUUGAAGCAGGCAGUGUUUGACUUUAAAGAGAUGUUGCCAAUCAUUGUGGCCCUGAGGAAUCCUUGGCUGGAAUCCCAGCAUUGGGACACCAUUGAGUAUACAGUUGGUCGUUCAAUCAAGGAUAAACACCUCACGCUGGAAAAUUUCAUGAAGCUCAGGGUGUUCCAGCAUAAGGAUGUGAUUGUUAAUACGUCCAGCUUAGCUACCAAUCAAGGAACUCUGAGAAGCAUGCUGGAAGAAGUCAUUACGCAGUGGAAACAAACCAGCUUCAAGCUGGUGAGUCACCAGCUGGAAACCUCUACUGUACUGAUUAUCGGGUCCACUGAAGAGGUUGUUACUCAGCUGGAAGAGAGUCUAAACAUCAUCUCCACCAUUAAGAGCUCUCGUUAUAUGGGACCACUUGAGAAUGAGGUGCUCGACUGGAACCAUAAACUGAACCAGAUGGCACUUACUUUAGAAGAGUGGAUGACCUGUCAACGAAACUGGCUCUACCUCAAGUCCAUUUUUCAAGCACCUGACAUCCAGAGGCAACUAGCAGCGGAGACCAAACUCUUCGCCCAGAUUGAAGUAACAUGCAAUGAGUUGGUGAUGCGAGUUCAGAAAAACUCAAAUAUCUUGAAGAUUACCAGUACGGCAGGGAUCCUGGAGCUCCUGCAGGCCACCAAUGCUAACCUGGAAAAGUUACUAAAGUGUCUGGAGGAUUACUUAGAAGCUAAGCGGAUUGCUUUCCCACGUUUCUACUUUCUCAGCAAUAAUGAUCUGCUGGAUAUCUUGUCUCGGAGCAGAAAUCUGGAUGCCAUACAGCCUCACUUGGCAAAAUGCUUUGAAAAUAUCAAGUCUUUGGAAAUCAGCAGUCAGUCUGCCAGGCCUCCUGUUGUGUUAAUGCUCAAGUCUGCAGAAAAUGAAAAUCUGCCCCUGCCAAGGAAUGUUUGGAUACGGGGACCUAUUGAAAGCUGGCUGGGUAACAUGGAAAGUGCAAUGUUUGAAGCUGUGAGAAAGCAUCUCCAAGUGGGAAUAACCGACUGGGGAUCAACACAAUUCAAAAAGUGGGUGCUGUCUCAUCCAGGACAGAUAGUCCUCACCGUGAGCCAGAUAAUGUUCAACCGAGAUUGCAUGAACUGCUUCCGUGGGACCAAGCCACAAAGCCAGCUACAAGGAGUCCAUCUAGAGCUGAUGAAUAGGCUUGAUAUGUUGGCUGAGCUUGUGUGUGUGCCUCUGCGACCCUCUCAAGAGACAGUGUUGGAGAGUCUGGUAACCAUCAAUGUACACUGCCGUGAUGUGCUGGGUGACUUAAUUGUUAAGAAGGUCUUCAAAACAGAAGAUUUUGAGUGGACCAGGCAAUUGCGUUAUGAAUGGAACACGCAGAACAACUCUUGCUACGUCAUGCACACCAAAAGCUCCUUUGUCUAUGGCUAUGAGUAUCUUGGCUGCUCUCCCCGAUUAGUAAUCACUCCACUGACUGACCGCUGCUGGCUAACUCUGACUGGAGCCUUGAACUUCAACCUCGGAGGCUUGCCAUCAGGACCGUCAGGGACAGGCAAAACAGCAACAGUCAAAGACCUUGCUAAAGCCCUGGGAAAGUUUUGUGUUGUCUUCAACUGUUCCAAAGGCCUGGAUUACAAGAUGAUGGCAAAUUUGUUCUCUGGAAUAGCUCAGUCUGGAGCAUGGAUUUGCUUUGAUGAGUUUAAUCGGAUUGACGUGGAAGUCCUGUCAGUAACUGCCUCACAGAUCCAAACAAUUAAGGCAGCCAAGGACAGUGAAGCAAUGAAAUUUGUGUUUGGAGGCAGAGAGAUCCGGCUGAAUAUGUCUUGUGGUUUCUUUGCAACCAUGAAUCCUGGGUAUAAGGGACGUGUUGAGCUGCCAGACAACCUAAAGUCCCUGUUUAGACCAGUUGCCAUGAUGGUGCCUGACGCCAAGCUCAUUGCCGAAGUCACGUUGUUCUCUCAGGGCUUUAAGUCAGCCAGGUCCCUCUCUGGAAAGGUCAUCAAUCUUUACCAGCUCGCCUGCCAGCAGCUUUCUCAGCAGGACCAUUAUGACUUUGGAAUGCGGUCUAUAAAGUCUGUGUUAUUGCUGGCAGGGAAGAGGAAGAGAGCAUUGGAGGCUAGAGAUGCGAAGAAGUCACUGAACCACACUGAUGAAUCACACAUUCUCAUCAAUGCACUAAAGGAUGCAAAUGUGACCAAAUUCCUGGCUGAAGAUGUACCUUUGUUUGGAAGCAUUCUGACUGACCUAUUCCCAGGACUGACUCCACCCAAAGAUGAAACCCUUCUUUUGCAGAAAGCGAUAGGCAUUGCAACAUUGGAGCUGGGCUUCCAGAGCUGCCCAAGCCAAGAGGAGAAGAUAAUCCAACUGUACAGUCAGAUUCUGGUACGUCAUGGCGUGAUGCUGGUGGGCCCCACCUGUGGCGGUAAGACAGUAGCUAGGAUGAUUCUGCAGAAGGCCCUGGUCAUCCUGCCAGGACUUGUUCCAGAGGCCAUAUCCGAGGCCAAAUCACUCUCGAGUUCCAUUGGUAAGAAAGGCAAGGUGGAGAUAUUCACUGUGAAUCCCAAGUCCAUUAGCCUUAGAGAGCUCUAUGGGUAUCUGAACCCACGUACAAUGACCUGGACUGAUGGUCUAUUGACACAGGCAAUGCGGAAGUUUGCCAAAGACCUUCACAAAGAUCAUGGCCGUGAGCCUGAGAUGAAGCUGAUUUCUCCUUCGUUCAGCAAUGUAGAGAGGAGUUGGACUGAGCUCCAAGAUCACAAGAGUCAGGAAAGAGAAGAUAUGACACUGAUGAGCAGUUGGAGGUGGAUAAUCAUGGAUGGCCCUGUGGACACAGUCUGGAUCGAAAACCUCAACACGGUGCUGGAUGAUACAAAAACCCUGUGCCUAUCUAAUGGGGAACGCAUCAGUUUUCCGCCUGGCAUGAGGCUCCUGUUUGAGGUGGACAGCCUUUCCCAAGCCAGCCCUGCCACUAUCAGCAGGUGUGCCAUGGUCUAUAUGGACCCAGUUGAUCUUGGCUGGCAACCUUACGUGAGGACCUGGUUGGCCAAGCUCCCGGAGCAGCUGCCUCAGGGUGGCAGAGAGUGCCUACAGACCCUCUUUGACAAAAGCAUGUCAGCGGGCCUGCGCUUUGUGAGAAAGUGGCAGCAACUGUGUCAGUUCAAUGUGCCAGAUCUGGGCAUCGUGAUGACUCUUUGCCGCAUUCUCCAAGCUCUUUUGGACUUCCUGAGCAGGAAUGGUGGUUUUGGAGCAGGUGUUUCUGCUAGCUCUAGUGAAGAAGUCAGUGACCCCAAAGGGCUCUUUAUGAUGGUAACCCCUGAGGAAAGUCCAGGUGGACAAGACAAUCAGGCCAGUUCUGGAUCCAGGCCUGCAAGGUGGUUUUUACAGAAGCAACCAAACCAGCUUCCCUCACUGCUGGCAAAGCUCUACGUCUUUUCCUUCACCUGGGCAGUUGGAGGCUGCUUGAAGCAUGAAGAUGAUUGUGAGGAGGAUGACCUGGUCGGAGUCAGUGACAGAGUCAAAGAGGACAUGGCGGUUAAGGUCACGCUGGACUUCAACACUUUUGUCCAAAAGAUGUUCGGGGGGAAAUCAGAAUCCUCCGUUCAGUUUCCUGCUGAGAAGGCCACUGUCUUUGAAUACUUUGUGGAUAUGCAAACAGGGAAAUAUGUAACCUGGGACAAGUUGGUUCCAUCCACUCAGAUGUUAAUUUCUAAAGCAGGGGCCCAUUUAGCAAGUCUUGCUGAGCCAAUAGUUCCUGAACUUCCCAGAUCAAAGCCAACUAUUCAAGGUCUUGUGCAUACAGUAGACACUGUGCGAUAUUCCUUCCUCAUCAGCCUGCUGCUGCUCAAUAAGUGCCCCGUGCUGCUAACAGGUGAAUCAGGCAAUGGAAAAUCUGCACUUAUUCGGGAAAUGCUUUCAACUCUUGAGAAAUCAAAAGGCUCGUUGAUCCAGUCAGAGACUAUCCUGGGCAAUGUCUUCCUAUACAAUGAGAUGAAACAUGAAAGCCUGGUGUCUGGCCUCACCCAGAUGUUUGAGGGCUUCAGCAGGAAAAUAGACAAGGGUACUGCCUGCAUUGAUGGAGUUUGCAGUGGUACACGUGUGGAUUUGGCUAAGAAGCACAUUACUCAGGCAGCCGCCCUGUUCAGUCGUGAAAACAAGGAGGUGAAGUUUGGCACCAUGCUGAUGAGUACCCAGACCACUUCAGCCCAAACCCAGGCUCAGAUCCUAAGGAACCUGGUGAAGAGGAGCAGGAGCAGGCAAAGCGCAGAGAGGAACAAACAGGUGAUUGUGUUUGUCGAUGACCUGAACAUGCCUGCUGUGGAGAAGUAUGGAGCUCAGCCUCCACUUGAGCUAAUCCGUCAAUUUCUUGACCUCGGUGGAUUCUUCGAUGUUAUGAAUCUAAAGUGGCUGCAAGUGGAGGAUUUGACCCUGGUGGCAGCUUGUGCACCUCCGGGUGGUGCACGGAGUGAGCUCAGUCAACGUUUGCUCAAACACUUCUGCACCUUCACCCUGCCUCAGCCCUCAACCAAGUCAAUGCAGCACAUCUUCCAGGUUAAAGUUGGCUGUUAUCUGGAGAGCCAUAACUUCAUGCCAGUUGUUCAGAACUGCAGGAAGCAGUUGGUAUCCGCUGCAAUUAGCAUGUAUUACAAAAUGUCUUUGUACAUGCUGCCCACGCCAGUCAAUCCCCAUUACACAUUCAACGUGCGAGAUUUGGUGAAGGUGAUUGAUGGCCUACUCCGAGCUGACAACACAGACAUUGUCUCCAAAAACAAGGCAAUGGUUCUCUUUGCACACGAGGUGACCAGAGUUUUCCAUGAUCGGCUCAGUAAUACAAAGGAUAGGCAGAUGUUUUAUAACUUCCUCUCGGAUGAUCUCCACAACUACUUCAAGAGCAAAUUGAGUCCAGCUGAUCUGAUUGAUAGCUGCUUCUUGUUUGGUGACUUCCUGGAUCUGCAAGCAUCUAGCAACAGCAGAGUUUACCAACAGAUCACAGACUGGGCCAGACUGGAAUCGGUCUUGGAGCAGUACCACCUGAGGCAGAGCCUAGGGAAUACGAAGGUCACUCCGCCUGUGUUCUUCAAGGAGGCAGUGGAGCACAUCGUCAGAGCUGUUCGGGUCUUCACCCAGCCCAGCGGCUACCUCAUGAUGGUUGGCUUGGACAGCACUGGCAAGAUAACCAACUCCUCUCUGGCCUGUUACGUAGCAGACUGUGAGCUCUUCACACUCUCCAUUGGGCAUAAUUAUAACCACAGUGACUUCAGAGAGGACCUGAAGAGAGUCUUCAAGCAGACUGGUGUCCAUGGAGUCAACACUGUCCUCUUGCUGACAGAUUUUGACCUCCUCCAGGCUUCAUUCCUGGAGGAUCUGAACUACAUGGUGAACUUGGGGCAGGUGCCGGGUCUCUUUGAAAGUGAGGAGCUGGACAAUGUCAUCAUGGAGCUGAAGAAAUAUGAGAGGGAAGGCAACAUCUCUGACAACAAGGAGGCUCUGUACCGUUUCUUCCUGCAGCGUGUACAUGACAGGUUGCACAUUGUACUGGCUCUAAGCACAACUGGCCAGAUGUUUCGCCAGUGGUGCCGGACGAAUCCCUCCCUUGUCAGCUGCUCCACCAUUGACUGGUAUGACCGGUGGCCAAAGGAGGCUCAGCUCAAGGUGGCCAAUGCGUACUUCGCACACGCAGAGUUUGAGGAGGUACUGAAGGAAAAGGUGGCCAAGGCUUGCGUUGACAUUCACAACAGCAUUUCAGUGGCAUUGGAGCAAAUGUGGCAGCAGAUGAGGAGACACUACUACAUCACCCCCAGCAAAUACAUGGAGCUGAUACAUACAUUCUCCAAUCUGUUUACAGCCAAGAAGAAGAAGAUCUUGAACGCAAGAAAUCGCUUUGCCAAUGGUCUAGAGAAACUAUCAGAGGCCAGCUCACUGAUUGGUGUGAUGCAGGAAGAACUGGUGCCAUUAGGAGCACAGAUAGAGAAGAAAACCAAGGAAGUUGAACAGUUAAUGAAGAAACUUCAGGAUGACACUGAUGCUAUGGAGGAGGUUCGAGCUAUAGUCAAACAGGAGGAGGAGAUUAUGGCUGAGGAGACACAAGUUGUGCAGGAGUAUGCCGAGCAGGCAACCAGUGAGCUGAAAAAUGUUCUUCCUGUCCUGGGCCAGGCCGUGAGUGCACUCCAAGCACUGGACAAGAGCGACAUUUCGGAGAUCAGGGUUUACAACAGCCCACCCACCCUGGUCCUGACUGUAAUGAAUGCUGUGUGUGUGCUGCUGCAGAAGCCACCCCAGUGGGCAACAGCUAAAUUACUGCUCAGUGACCCCUCCUUCCUGAAGCACCUGCUCAGCCUAGACAAGGACAAAAUACCUGAGAAGGUCUUCUUGAAAUUAAAAACUUACUCGAAGCAGCCUGAUUUCAGCCCUGAGCGAGUGGGUAAUGUUUCGACUGCCUGCCGCUCCCUCUGCCAGUGGGUGCUGGCGCUGGAACAUUAUCAUGAAGUCCGCAAGGCAGUGGAGCCGAAGCAGCAGAAAGUGCUGGACGCCCAGGAAGUUCUUGCAAUCGCCAGGAGUAAACUUCGAGAAAAAAAUACAGCCCUGAAGCUGGUUGAGGACCAUCAGCUGUCACUACAACAGGCCUUCAACAAAGCCUUGGAACAAAAGGAGGCCCUGGCUGCCCGCAAGCUGCAGACCACCCAAAGGCUUUCACGGGCUUCACUUCUCAUCACAGCCCUCACCAAUGAAGAGACCCGCUGGAAGGAGUGUCUCGAUGACUUGGACCGCCAAGUGCUGGCAGUAGUGGGUGACACUCUGCUCUCAGCUGCUUGCAUCACCUACUAUGGCCCAUUCACAGCUCACUACAGACAGAACCUGCUGAAUGAAUGGAAAAGCUUCUGUGCAGUGAUCGAAAUCCCAGUCUCACCUGAGUAUGCACUGAUACCAGCUACAACCGAAAAGAAUGAGGUUCGCAAUUUGCAGAACAGGGGUCUGCCUCCUGACAAUUACUCAACAGAGAAUGCCAUCCUGGUGAAGAUGGGCGAACGCUGGCCCUUACUCAUUGACCCACAGGGACAGGCUGUCAGAUGGAUUAAAAAGAUGGAAGGAGGGGACCUGUGCAUCCUUUUGGCCACACAUCACAAUUACAUGAGCAAGAUGUUGAACGCCAUUCGCAUGGGGCAUCCAGUCCUACUGCAUGAUGUCACUGAACAGCUGGAUCCCUGUCUGAGACCAAUUCUCUUGCGGAACAUUUGUACUCGGGCAGAACAGGAUUUCAUCAAGAUUGACAACACAGAAGUAGAGUACAACCCCAACUUCAGGCUGUACAUGACCACCCGCAUCUCCAACCCAAACUUCCUGCCAGCCGUCUGCAUCCUGGUCACACUAAUUAACUUCACAGCGACAUUUGAGGGGCUCCAGGAGCAACUGCUGUCCAGGGUGGUGAAACAGCAGCAUCCUGAGAUGGAAGAGAAACUCGGACAGCUGUUGGAGAGCAUUGUCCAUGACCUGGGCACCCUGCAGGACCUGGAGAACAGGUCACUCUCCCUAUUGCAGAAGUCUGAAGGGCACAUCUUAGAUGACCAGGACCUCAUUGAUACCCUUCAGAAGUCAAAAGACAUGUCCAAAGAGAUAAAACUUCGCAUUGAAGCCUCAGAGGAGAAUGAAAAGAAAAUCACAGCUGCUCGUCAGAAGUACCUUCCUGUGGCAACACGAGGUUCCAUUUUGUACUUCGUGGUUGAUGAAUUGUCACAGCUGAACUGCAUGUACCAGUUCUCUUUGCACUGGUUCAUGAAAAUAUUCACUGAGUCUGUGGGUGACAUUCACAAGUCACGCACAAGGAUGCCACAGUCGGGCACAAGUCAAAGUGCCUCUUUGCAACGAUCCAGAUGGUUCAAAAGUUCUACCAGCACACCACUGCACUCCAGCUUCAACUCCUUCCUCCAGAGCAUGAUCAAAACACUUACUAAGAACGUUUACAAGCUGGUCCGGUUUGCCAUCUUCACGGAUCACCAGCUCUGCUUCUCCUUUAUGCUGUGCACCAGCAUCAUGCGGAUAAACAAGGUGGAGGAAAGUGACCACAGCUCCAUGGGAACCCUGCCAGAGGCUGAGUGGCAGAUCUUCCUUCAUUCAGAAGUGUUGGCGAAAGUGGACCAUGGGCAGAGGUCCCAGGACACACAGAGUCUGGAAGAGGACAAAUGGUUUAAGCAAAGUCGGAAUGCUCAGUGGAUGUCUGAAGCCACCUGGAGUCAGUGUCUGUACAUUACCACUCAGCUGACCCCCUUUGCGUUACUCUGUAGAUCCCUCAAUAGCCAACCUCAGCAGUGGGAAGAUUUCCGCCAGGCUGAGGAACUCCACCACUUCCUGAAAACUCCUUUCCGCAAGCAGAUGCCACUCUCGAAGCAAGGUUUGAGCUCACAAGGAAUUAGCACUGGAUCACACCGUAUGAACACCGAACCUGAGGACACAAUUUUCCCUUGGGAACUCCUGAGUGCAUUCCAGAGGCUUAUAUUGAUAAAGAUCCUAAGGCCAGAGUGUUUGACAGCUGCUGUGAGUAUGUUUGUUGAGGAGAAGCUGGGUUCUGACUUCCUCCCAAGCCCUGCUGUCUACUUCAGCAACGUAUUUGAUGAAACUGAUGCCUCCACCCCCCUCAUCUUUCUUUUGUCACCAGGCACUGACCCCAUUGCCCAGGUACUAAGGUUUGCCAAGGAGUUCAGAGGCAGCACAGCCCAUCUGGACACAGUGUCACUGGGCCAGGGACAGGGGCUAGUUGCUGAAGAGCUGAUCCACAAGGUUCAGGUCUUAAAGGGGCGCUGGGUCUUCCUGCAGAACUGUCACCUGGCCGCCUCCUUCAUGCCAACACUGCAGGCCAUUGUAGAAUCGUUCAAGCAACCAGGUGUGAAUCUGGAUCCUGACUUCAGGCUGUUCCUGAGUUCCAAAUCGGACCAGACAUUUCCCAUCUCCAUUCUCCAGGAUGCGAUGAAGGUCACGGUGGAGCCACCAAAAGGCCUCAAAAACAAACUGCUGACGGCCUAUGGAAGCAGCGGCUUGAGAGAGGUCACAGAGCGAAUCUACAGGAGGGAGAAUUCAAAGCUGGGCUGGAGGAGGCUGCUCUUCAGCCUCUGCCUCUUUAACUCCGUGAUUCAGGAGAGGAACAAAUAUGGUGCACUGGGUUGGAACCUCCCGUACGAAUUCACCUCUAGUGAUUUGGAGGUAGCCAUCCUGAAUCUUGAGAUACUCCUGCAGGAUGAAGCGGAGAUCCCAUGGGAAGCCCUACGUUACCUAACUGGGGAGGUGGUGUACGGAGGUCGUGUCGCUGACCACUGGGACCGGCGGUGCCUCAACAGCAUGCUGAGCAGAUUCUACAGCCCAGAAAUCCUGCAGCAAGGCUUCAGCUUCUCCACCAAUGGGGUUUACACUAUGAUUGCUGAGAACAGGAGCUUGCACCAGUGUAUAAAGUACAUGGAAUCUCUACCCAGCACUGACUCUGCAGAUAUCUUCGGCAUGCACACCAAUGCAGAGAGUGCUUAUCUAGAGAGCCAAGCCAAGGAGUUCAUGACCACCAUCAAAAACAUCGAACCCAGGCUCAGCAGUGGAGUGCAGACUCUCAGAGAGCAGCACAGCCAGGAUGAAAUAGUGCUGGAAAAAGUGGAAGGAAUCCUCAGGAAGUUGCCUGAAACAGUGGAGGAUGUUCAUGGAUCGGAAAGCAACAUAACAGACCUAGCCCACUUGCUUGCAUCAUCCAGCUGGGCAACGCACGUGGCAUCUGUCAAAGGGUUUGAUUGCUUGGCAAACUUUCCACUACUGACGGUGCUGCGGCAUGAGAUAAAUUGCUACAACCAACUGCUGCAAGUGGUUAUUUCCUCGCUGAACUCCCUAUGCCAAGGGGUGAAGGGGAAGAUUAUCCUGACCCCCACACUGGAGGAGAUGUACAACUGCUUCCUUAGCCUCAAGAUGCCCAAACUUUGGCAGCUCCAUUCAUAUGACUCAUGCAAGCCUCUUGGGUCAUGGAUCGAUGACCUCGUAGACCGAGUGAACUUUUUCAGGACCUGGUCAGUGCAGUUUGUGGCAGGUGCUCAACAGAGGAUUGUGGUUCUUCAGGAGAAACCUGCAUCCCAGUGGAGUGUUACCCAGCAGGCCUGUAACGUGAACCCAUCUGCCUUCUGGCUUUCAGCAUUCUUCUAUCCACAGGGAUUCCUGGUGGCUCUAUUACAGAACCAUGCCCGGAAACAUGGUGUGCCGAUGGAUUCUCUCACCUUCAGCUUCCACAUCCUGCCCUUCAGUAAGGACACUGAGGAUCAUUCCAGCCCCACAAAGCAUCGAUCCAAUACCUGGACAAUGGCCUUUAAGGGCAGAGCUGCUCCAGAUGAUGGGGCUGUGCUGUUUGGUUUUUACUUGGAUGGUGCCUCCUGGGACCCCGAGGUAAAGACACUGAAGGACUGCAGCAUGGGCCAGAGAUUCUGCAAAAUGCCUGCAAUACAUUUCCUACCUGUAAAGAUUGACAGUCAAAAGGGAUUGUCUGGGCUGGUGAAGCACUCUCCAGUAGGGGAACAACAUUAUGAAUGUCCCAUGUACAGGACCUCUCAGCGAGCUGGCUCCCUCUCCACUACUAGCCUGUCUUCUGCCUUUAUAAUUGCAGUCCACCUCCCCACUACCCUGCCUGCCGAACACUGGGUGUUGCGGGGUGUGGCCCUUGUGUGCCAGAUGGACAAUUGACCAUUCUGGCUGUAUCUCCUCUCUCCUUGCAAGGAGAAAAUCCAAGGAUGAUUCAAGAUCACCUUUCUCAAUCAGCCCUGAAUUCCAAGAUCCUGAUUGCAUUGUUCCACCAGGUUUCCAAUAUCCUUCUCUCUCCUGACCAAUAUUCCAGAGUUCAUUGAUACCCUCCCAUUUUGGAGGAAUACUUAUGUUGUUUCCAUUAAUCCCCUCUAUUGGAAAGGGGUUUAUUAGUUCUGCUCAACUUGUCACCCCACCCCAUGUAAAGCCCUCUAUGUUUCAGCCCAGGAGACCUGAAGCUGAUUUUGUCCCUCUGUGUAUGUGUGUGCUCAUAUGCUGAUUUGUAUGACCUCAGGAUUCUUCAUGAGCACUCACCAUGUGUGAUAUCUUGUUUCACACCUAACAAUAAGAACAUUGCCACGUUUUACAGAAGUGAUCAAUUCUCCAAUGUUUGCUUAAUUAAACAAUA